GGACCGGGAGCCUGGCGAGACCGGGACCCACAGGCCCAGUGGCAUUUUACAAUUCCCGACCGCCAUAAGGUAAGAUGGUGUUGACAGUGCUGCUGUGCACACUCCUGGUGGUCAGUACCACUGCCACUGAGCCAGAACUGCGGCCCAACAUAGUGGUCCUGAUCGCCGACGACCUGGGCAUUGGCGACAUCAGUUGCUAUGGCAACGACUCCUUCCGGACGACGCACCUGGACCGGCUGGCGUCGCAGGGGGCGUUGCUGACGCACCACCUAGCGGGCGCCACCGUCUGCACGCCGAGCCGCACUGCGCUGCUCACGGGCCGCUACCCAGUCCGUUCGGGCAUGCAGGAGGCGCGCCAUGGGCCGGUGGUGGUCAGAAACGUGCCGGGCCGUGCCGGCCUGCCAGCGGACGAGAUGACUUUUGCUCGCGCUCUGCGGGACGCCGGCUACCGCACGCAGUUCGUGGGCAAGUGGCACCAGGGCUGGUCGUGCGAGCGUUGGGAAGACCAGUGUCACGGCCCGCGCGGUCACGGCUUCGACUCAUUCUUCGGCCUGCCGUUCUCGCUGAUGGAGGAGGGAGAGGACGGUCCUGUAUCGCAGAGGAGAGACGAACCGCUCCUGCGCCACGUGCUGCCGGAGCUGAUGCUGGCCGACCCGCAGCCGCCGCUGCGGCCCGGCGACUGCCACCGCGCGGCGGCCGAGCUGGCCUGGCGGCUGUGGCUCGACACUAUCAACCAGACCGACUUCCGUGGCGGCUCGACGCCGCGUGCGAACUGGUGGGGCCACACGAUGGCGGUCGAGAAGUUCCUCAACUACCAGCUGGUGCGCGACUCAACGGUGGUGGACUGGCCGUACCAGCUGGCCGGCCUCACUCAGCGGCUGGUGGCCGAGUCGGAGCGGUUCGUGGCGUCGGCGGCGCGCGACGGCGAGCCGUUCCUGCUCGUGCACUCGUUCCUGCACCCGCACACGCCGCUGUUUACGGCGCCCGAGUUCCGCGGCGUGUCGGGCCACUCGCGCUACGCCGACAACGUGCUGGAGAUGGACUGGGCGGUGGGGCGGCUGCUGGCCGCGCUAGACGCGGCCGGCGUCGCCGACAACACCCUCGUCCACUUCCUGUCCGACCACGGCGGCCAGCUGGAGCUGGUCGGGCCGGACGGACAGCGUGAGGGCGGCCACAACGGCGUGUUCCGCGGCGGCAAGGCGCAGGGGGGCGCCGAGGGCGGCUUGCGCGUGCCUGCGCUCUUCCGCUGGCCGGGCCGCAUCGCCGCCGGCAGUCGCGUCGAGGUGCCGACCAGCGCGCUGGACCUGCUGCCCACGCUGCUGGAGGCGCUCCACCUGGCCGUGGCCAACUACCCGGAUCCGGCGGUGGAGCACUGCGGCCGGGCGGACGGCCUCUGCGCGUGCCACGGCGACGACGUGCGCAGGCUGGACCCGCCGCGGCUGUUCGACGUGCAGGCUGACCCGGCGGAGCGUCGCGAGAUCCCGUCAGAGCAGGUGCCGGUGGCGCCCUCUCAGAUGGACCAGUUCGAGCUGGUCGUCCCGCGGGCUGAGCUACUGCCGUGGGGGCAGCUGCACAAGUUCCGCGGGGCAGACUUCGACAUGCACGGUCUGCACAAAUGGUGGGAGAACGGCGGCAGCUGCGGCGUGGUCCCUGGCCAGUGCGAGGAGUACGGCAGGUAG